AUGGAAAUUGACAGCGCCCCGAGCGGGACCAAGAGAAAGGCGGAGGAAGAACACGAGGCUCAGAAGCCUGCGCGAAGAAUUAGGGCUCUUGACCCUGAUGUGGUCAACAAGAUUGCCGCCGGCGAGAUUAUCGUGGCUCCUGUUCAUGCGCUCAAAGAGUUGGUUGAAAAUGCUGUGGAUGCAGGCUCAACGUCCCUUGAGAUUCUGGUUAAAGAUGGGGGCCUGAAAAUGCUUCAAAUCACAGAUAACGGUGGCGGGAUUGAGAAAGAAGACCUAGAAAUUUUAUGUGUGCGCCAUACAACAUCCAAAAUCUCGACGUUUGAAGACUUGUCAUCUAUCGCCACCUAUGGAUUCCGCGGCGAGGCCCUGGCCAGUAUUAGCCACAUUGCUCAUCUUACGGUAACGACGAAGACCAAGGACUCGCCUAUCGCUUGGCGUGCGCAUUACCUGGAUGGAAAGCUGGUUCCUGCGAAGCCAGGGCAAUCUGCCGAACCCAAAGGAGUUGCUGGGCGUCAGGGCACCCAAAUUACAGUGGAAGAUUUGUUCUUCAAUGUGCCAACUCGUCGGAGGGCAUUUCGAUCCUAUGCCGACGAGUUCAACAAGAUUAUUGACAUGGCCGGCCGAUAUGCGAUUCAUUGUAAAGGUGUUGGCUUUACUUGCAAAAAAGCGGGCGAGGCCUCCAACGCUCUCUCUGUCCAAAUGCAGGCAACAGUGAUAGACCGCAUCCGUCAGAUCCAUGGCAGCAACGUCGCCAAUGAGCUCAUAGAGCUAUCUGUUUCUGAUGACCGAUGGGGUUUCUCUGCCAACGGGUAUGUGACAAAUGCCAAUUAUCACAUCAAGAAGACGACAUUGCUCUUGUUUAUCAACCACCGUUGCGUUGAAUCAACCACCAUGAAAAAGGCAUUAGAACAAACAUAUUCCGUCUUCCUGCCCAAGGGCGGCCACCCUUUCAUCUAUCUUAGCCUGGAAAUCGAUCCGGCCAGGGUAGAUGUCAAUGUUCACCCUACCAAGCGGGAGGUUCAUUUCCUCAACGAAGAGGAGGUGAUCCAAGCUAUCUGCCAGAAAAUUGAGUUGGAGCUCGCUACUGUGGACACGAGUCGAACAUUUAUGACGCAGACGUUACUACCGGGAGCCAAACCUGUUGAGUCUUUGGAUGAAGAUGACAGCGAUGCCACUCCCAAGUUUACUACGCCCGCUCUUAGAAAGAUACGGCGAAACUCGAAUGACCUUAUCCGAACAGAUAAAUCUCAGGGGAAAAUAACGGCUUUGUUUUCGCCGGCGGGAACUGUUGACAAAACUGGCUCUCCCGCUAGAGCUCUAGAAGAUGAAGCAUGGGCUAUCCCAGAGCCAGUCAAGUACGAAACAACGGAUCGUGAGCAGGUACAAUGCCGCCUUAAGAGUGUCAAGGAACUACGCCAACAAGUUCGCGACGAGAUUCACCACGAGCUAACGGAGAUUAUUGCUUCUCACACGUUUGUCGGUGUAGUUGACGAAGGACGGCGACUGGCUGCCAUUCAGGGAGGCGUAAAACUGUAUUUGAUAGACUAUGGGCACACGUGCUUUGAGUACUUUUAUCAGCUCGGCCUCACGGAUUUCGGUAACUUUGGCGUUAUCAAUUUCAGCCCGCCUCUGGACCUGCGAGAAAUUCUCAAAAUCGGGGCCGAAGUCGAAAAGGAGGCCAUGGGAGCCACCGACGACGAACUCAAUGUCGACUCGUUAGUCGCAAAAGUAGCGGAUCGGCUCAUUGAACGAAGAGAAAUGCUCCAAGCGUACUUUUCUCUCGAAAUUACCCCCACAGGCGAGUUGGUAUCCAUCCCGCUCCUCGUCAAAGGCUAUACGCCAUCCCUGGGCAAGCUUCCACGGUUUCUCAUCCGUCUUGGACCUCAUGUCAGCUGGGACGAUGAAAAAGAGUGCUUUCAGACUUUUAUCACUGAGUUGGCAACGUUUUAUGUCCCGGAGGCACUGCCCACAUCUCCCGAGGGAAAAGAUGAAAGCGGAGAUAAAGCAGAACACGGAGAUGAUGACGACGCGACCCUCGAAGAAGUGAGGACGAGAAGGCAGCACGUCAGGUGGGCUGUCGAGCACAUCUUCUUUCCGGCGUUUAGGUCACGGCUGGUAGCGACGAAGAGGCUCAUGGACGGAGCUGUGUUGGAGGUGGCUAGUUUGAAGGGACUCUAUAGGGUUUUUGAGCGGUGUUGA